AUGCUCUCCUGUUCCGACCCGAUUGUAAGCAACAUUGCUAAUGCUGAGAUAAACCAAACUGUCCGACUCGCUAGCCGAUCUAAUCCAACCCCUGCUUUAAAAUCAAAAUACCUGUCUAGCCUCCACGAUGACCGUUUGACCAACUUACGUUAUAACAUUCAAUCAUUAUGGACCCGAGUUCGUAAAUCGACACGUAACCUUGGUGUUGAAAUUCAAUUCAAUGACAAUGGUCUCCCUAUUCUUUCCACUGAGAACUCUGGUUCUGUUCUUGCUAAAGAAGCCAGUCGUUUCCUUCAUUUUCAUGUUCAAGAUCGUUUUGCUUCCACCUUACUUGCUCUUCUAGAUAUUGAUCAAGGAAAAGUGGGCCGUGCGCUUACUACCGACACCUUCGCCAAUGGUUCUACCUGGCAAUAUAAUGGAUUAAACAUUCGUUUCAGAGAUUGGCGUUUCAUCCACCGAGCUCGACUUAACUGCCUCCCAGUAAAUAAUGUCAAGAGUCGUUGGUCUAAUUCCUGUCCAAAAUGUCGCCAUUGUAACUCGGAUGAGACUCUCCCUCAUGUGUUGUGCCACUGCCUUCGUAACAUGCCUAGUAUCCUGCGGAGACACAAUACCAUAGUGGACCGCAUCCUCAACGCCGUUCAAAGUGGAACUGUCAACACCGACCAACAAGUUCGCGCCGCUAAUUCUCGUCUUCGCCCAGACAUAAUUGUAAAAGAAGAUAACAAAGUGCUUAUUAUUGAUGUAUGUUGCCCCUUCGAUAAUAAUGCUGAAGCCCUGCGUGACGCUGAACAACGGAAACUUAAUAAAUAUGAAGGGCUGAAGCAAUUCUUCGUUGGUCAGGGAAAGCAAUGCGAGGUCUUUGGUUUUGUGAUCGGUGCCCUUGGUUCCUGGCAUCCCAGCCAAUGA